ACCAAUUCCAUCCUCUCAUCCGUGGGAAAAAUUGACAACCACCUCCAAGCCAUCAUGUCUACAAACCCAGGCCAAGUCUCCCCCCUUGCGGGAAUAACCCGCUACAUCACCACCCACAACCCCUCCGGACAAGCCAUCAUCCACUCGGAGCAGCCCACCGACAUCAAAACUCACGAGCAACUCAUGCAGAAGAAUGCACUGGGCCUGGUGAACCCUGGCGGGACGGUGUGUCGGUUUGUCGAUUUCGGGCCCGGUGGAGAGCCGUUCAUGCAUCGCACGCAGAGCCUGGACUACGGGAUUGUGCUGCAGGGGGAGAUUGAGAUGAUUCUGGAUUCUGGGGAGAAGAGGAUGUUGAAGCCGGGGGACAUUGCUGUGCAGCGGGGAACGAAGCAUGCGUGGAGGAAUCCGAGUGAGGUGGAGUGGUCGCGGAUGGUCUUUAUAUUGCAGGACAUUCAGCCGAUAGUGAUCGGGGGGUUGUGCUUGGGGAGGAUAUCGGUGGGUCGGGGGAGAUCAAGCCUAGUCAAGGUGAUUGACCGGUGUGUCAUGUCUUUUUCUAGAUAUAAUCUGAGAUAUAGUACAUGA